AAUCUGUUGCAUUGAUACUCUCGUUAAACUUUCUUCUACUAAUGGUGUUACACGUUCCGACAAACGAAGCUUUUAGGCUUUUACCAAAAGAGCGUCUUGGCAAUUUACAGUUUCUACAAAGAGGUGAAGUCACUCCUUCCAAUCCUUCUAGCUGCACAAAUAUCCCCGGCGGCCACGGUCCGCCAUGCCCUGUCCAAGAAGAACGUCAUUUUGCUGGUCGCGCCUCAGUGCUACGACAAUGA